ACAUCAAACACAAGAACUCAAAAUCACUUCUCUCAUCUUGUACCCAAUAUUACUGAAGCUUUCAAUUUCUAAAAUUAUCUAUCAUUCCCUUAACUUGUAAAUUUUACAAAUUAAAUCCUUAGGUAAAUCUUUCAAAACCCACAAUAUUACCACCAAUGGAGAAGCUACAAAAGAUGGUCUCCGAGAAGCCUGUGGUGAUCUUUAGCAAGAAUUCGUGCUGCAUGUCUCACACAAUCAAGACUCUCUUCCUCGACUUUGGUGUGAACCCAACGAUUUAUGAGCUCGACGAGAUCAACAGAGGAAAGGAGAUAGAGCAAGCAUUGGCUCAACUCGGCUGCAGCCCGACCGUACCAGUGGUGUUCAUAGGAGGGCAGCUCGUAGGUGGAGCCAAUCAAGUCAUGAGCCUCCAUCUCAAUCGUUCUCUCGUCCCAAUGCUUAAGCGCGUUGGAGCGUUAUGGGUUUGAUUAUAAAUGAACGAAAAGAAAACCCAUAACGUUGCAUACCUAGCAUAUUUAUGUGCCUUGCAAGUUAUACUAAUGUUUUAUAAGAAUAAUAUGAAAUUAAAGACAUUAUGUACGUAGUCUAUCUAAGUUUUUGUGUGGACAGAUUAUGAGAAUGUACCUAUUUCAUAACAAGAGGGUGUCCGAAUUAAUAAAAUCAGCUUGAGUUA